UUCCAUUUCCAUUACUAUUAUUGUUUGUCAUCAUUAUUAUCUCCUCCUAUUCAAACAACGCCUACCCAACACUCCCUGUUCAUUUCUUUUUCUUCUCUUUUUAAUUUUUUAUUAAAAGAAAUUUUCUUGGCUCUUCUUAUUACUCUCUUCAUCUUCAAAAUUCUUAGAAAUAUUUUGUUUCACUUUCUCUUUAGCUAACCACAAAAAUAUCUUACCCUUUUGGGAGAGAGAGAGAGAGUUUGUGUUGUAAAGUCCAUAAAAUUAGGGAAAGAAAUAGAAUGGCAGAAGAGGAGAUGAGUGUGAGUGAGGUAACUGGUCCAUUUCGUCAGAUUCUUUUUAUCUCAGCUGGUGCUAGCCAUUCUGUUGCUCUUCUCUCUGGAAAUGUUGUUUGCUCUUGGGGUCGAGGAGAGGAUGGGCAGUUAGGCCAUGGGGAUGCGGAGGAUAGGCCUUCUCCAACACAAUUGAGUGCCUUAGAUGGACAUGAAAUAAUAUCUGUUAUUUGUGGAGCUGAUCAUACAACUGCAUAUUCAUUGUCACGUGGUGAAGUUUAUAGUUGGGGAUGGGGUGACUUCGGAAGACUUGGUCAUGGAAAUUCUAGUGACGUGUUCACUCCUCAACCGAUAAAAGCAUUACAUGGUCUGACGAUUAAACAAAUUGCUUGUGGAGACAGCCAUUGUUUAGCUGUGACAAUGGAAGGCGAGGUACUAAGUUGGGGAAGGAAUCAAAAUGGUCAACUUGGUCUUGGAACCACUGAAGACUCUCUUGUACCUCAAAAGAUUCAAGCCUUUCAGGGUGUUUCUAUCAAAAUGGUUGCUGCUGGUGCUGAGCAUACUGCAGCUGUUUCAGGAGACGGUGCCCUCUAUGGAUGGGGCUGGGGACGAUAUGGAAACUUGGGCUUAGGAGACAGAAUUGAUCGCUUAGUUCCUGAGAAGGUUUCUACUCUCAAUUUGCAGGGAGAGAAGAUGGAUAUGGUUGCUUGUGGAUGGCGGCAUACCAUAUCUGUCUCUGUUACUGGUGGAUUAUACACUUAUGGAUGGAGCAAGUAUGGUCAACUGGGACAUGGGGACUUUAAGGAUCAUCUUGUUCCUCAUAAGGUGGAAGCUUUAGCUGACAGUUUUAUUAAGCAGAUAUCGGGUGGAUGGAGACACACAAUGGCACUCACGUCUGGUGGAAACCUCUAUGGCUGGGGAUGGAACAAGUUUGGACAGGUUGGGGUUGGUGACAAUGAUGAUCAUUGCUCUCCAGUGCAAGUUAAAUUUCCACAUGAGCAGGCACAUUCUCGUUACUGUAGCUUCCAAAUAUUGAAAGUACUUCAAGUUUCAUGUGGGUGGAGGCACACACUUGCUAUUACGGAAGAGCAAAAUGUCUUCUCCUGGGGAAGGGGUACGAAUGGACAGCUUGGGCAUGGAGAAUCGAAGGACUGCAAUGUUCCAAAGAUUAUAGAGGCAUUGAGUAUCGAUGGUUCCAGUGGGCAACAGAUAGAAUCUUCAAAGCUUGAUCCAUUUUCAGGUAAAUCCUGGGUUUCUCCAACGGAGCGAUAUGCUGUUGUCCCUGAUGAAAGUGGACAAUCAGUUCCGUCAGAAAAGGGGAGCGGCAGUGAUGUGAAUGUUCCUGAGAACGAUGUGAAGCGUAUACGCAUGUAAUUCCCUGAGCCAGAAUGACUAGUGCUUAGAAACUCUAAACUUGCAACAUCAGUCUGAAUGAAGUGAAAGAAAAAGCCAAUCCUCGCAUCUUUCUUUUAGCCUUUCAUUGUAAAUCACCACAUCUUGGAAAAACAGGGUGCUCAUGUUGUUCCAUGCUACAAGGGAAGUCAGCAAAUCCUUGAGAGUCAGACUAGGUUAAUUUUCUAAUGUCAGGGUGAUUGUGCUAUAUUAUGACCUAAUAGGAGUGAAUGAGGCAAUGUUACUCGAUAUAACAUAAUUUAGAGACAAGAUGGCUUCGAAUGGUAUCUAUGGGCUCUGUUUUCUCCUUUGGACUCCUUAGAAUAUCAAGUCUAGGCUGGAAACGGGUGUAGUGUAGCAAGACAUGUACUCGGGUGUAGUGUAGCAAGACAUGUAUUAUGUAAAAUGAGAAGUUAUGGAUGCUUACGUGAAUCAUUGCAUGUUACUAGUUUAUGGUAAUAUAGCUUUUAUGGUUAAUGAUAUACUAAUUUUUAUUAAUUAGACAUUAUGAAUGAUGAUGUGGUAUAUUUAUGUGA